GCCAUCUGCAGCCAAGCUGGCUAAUACUCGCUGCUAGUCGCCGCCGUGCCGUCAGCCCUUACCGACUGUGGGGCUGUAUAAAGGGCCACCAUCACGAUGGGGACCCGAACAAAAUGGUUAAUCACUACCUCGAUACUGAUAGUGUGGUACGCACAUCUGACACACGCGCAAUUCUGGACGGACCUAUCGAGUGGUGGCGUUGGACUGUUUAAGCGCGCCGAAGCCGACUACCCGCGACAGCCGCAGCCAAACGUCGACCCGAGCUACAGCAUUCUGGACACGGCCAGCGCACCGCAGGGUCCCCCGGCCAAGAACUGCACCGCCGGCGGGUGCUGCCUGCCGAAGUGCUUCGCCGAGAAGGGCAACCGCGGCAUGCCGGGUCCGAUGGGCCUGAAGGGCGCGAAGGGUGUCCGCGGAUUCCCCGGCUCGGAGGGGCUGCCGGGCGAGAAGGGCACCAAGGGCGAGUCGGGCCCGAUGGGUCUGCUGGGGCCGAAGGGUGACCGGGGUCGGGACGGGCUGCCCGGUUACCCCGGCAUCCCCGGCACCAACGGCGUCCCUGGAGUGCCCGGUGCUCCCGGCCUGUCGGGGCGCGACGGAUGCAACGGAACGGACGGGCUACCCGGACUGUCCGGCCUGGCGGGAUCGCCCGGGCCCCGCGGAUACGCCGGAAUACCGGGAACGAAGGGCGACAAGGGUGAGCCGGCGCGGCAACCGGAAAACUACAACAAAGGCCAGAAGGGUGAGCCGGGCCUGGAGGGCCUGGACGGACUGCCCGGGCCGGCCGGAGAAGUAGGAGAGCGGGGGUUCCCCGGAACGCCCGGCGACAAAGGCAUGAUGGGGCUGGGCGGCGGUAAGGGUGAGCGCGGCGACAAGGGCGAGUGCAUCAAGGGCGCCAAGGGUGAGAAGGGCUCCAAAGGCGAGGAGGUGUACCCUGUGAGCGGAACGACGACCACGACCGGGCCGAAGGGUGAACGGGGCGACCGCGGCGAAGCCGGCGAGCCGGGGCAGCCCGGUGAGAAGGGGCAGGCGGGCGACCGCGGUCUCAUCGGUGACCGGGGCCACAAGGGCGAGAAAGGACUGUCGGGACCGCCCGGUCUGCGGGGCCGUGACGGAAACUUCGGACCAGUCGGAUUGCCGGGCCAGAAGGGUGACCGCGGAUCGGAGGGCCUGCACGGACUGAAGGGAAACGCCGGCCCGAAGGGUGACUCCGGCCGGGAUGGAGUGCCCGGGAUGCCGGGUAUUGCCGGACCGCCCGGUGCCCCCGGUGGAGGCGAAGGACGACCCGGUGCUCCUGGGCCGAAGGGCCCACGCGGCUACGAAGGGCCACCGGGCCCGAAAGGGAUGGACGGAUUCCACGGCGAAAUCGGCGAACGCGGCCAGAUGGGCCCGAAGGGUGGCCAGGGUGUUCCGGGGCGCCCCGGACCGGAAGGCUACCCGGGCGAGAAGGGCGAAAAGGGAGAACCAGGAUCGAUCGGCAUGCCCGGCGCGCAAGGUGUCCGCGGUUACCAGGGUCAGCCGGGACCGGAAGGUCCACGCGGAGAACCGGGAGCACCAGGAUUCGGCGUCGCUGGAGGAAAGGGUAACGCCGGUAUGCCCGGGUUCCCCGGCGUCAAGGGCCAGAAGGGUGAGCGCGGAUUCAAGGGCGUGGUGGGCACACCGGGCGACGCCAAGGAAGGACGACCGGGGGCACCCGGGUUGCAGGGGCGCGACGGCGAGAAGGGCGAACCGGGCCGGCCGGGCAUUCCGGGCGCGAAGGGCGACCGGGGCGGGAAGGGCGAGCUGGGUGGCCGCUGCACGGACUGCCGGCCGGGUCUGAAGGGCGACAAGGGCGAGCGGGGGUACGCGGGCGAACCGGGCCGAGCGGGGAAACCGGGUGAACCGGGCGAACGCGGCUUCCCGGGGACACCGGGCGAGGACGGCAGGAUGGGAUUGCCGGGCGAACGGGGCCAUAAGGGUGAGGCGGGACUGAUUGGACCACCGGGAUCGCCGGGUGAGCGGGGCCGUGACGCCAUCAUCACCGCGGACCAGGUACAGUCGCUGAAGGGCGAAAAGGGCGAACUGGGGCCACGAGGCCUCGAGGGGCUGAAGGGCGAGAAGGGCUUCCCGGGGCGCAUCGGACUGGAGGGCAAGAUGGGACUGCGCGGACCGAAAGGUGAGCAUGGGCGGCCGGGCGAGGCAGGAAUUGACGGGGCGCCCGGUGCCCCCGGCAAGGACGGGACGCCCGGGCGCCACGGGCAGACGAUCAAGGGCGAACCGGGGCUGAAGGGCAACGUGGGCUACUCGGGCGAGAAGGGCGACAAGGGCUGGUCGGGACUGAAGGGUGAGCCGGGCAAGUGUGCGGACAUUCCGCCCAACCUGGAGAAGGCCAUCCGGGGGCCGCAAGGAGCGCAGGGUGAGAAGGGUGCUCCGGGGAUCCAGGGCAUUCGCGGAGACAAGGGUGAUCUGGGUGAGCAGGGCCGGACGGGGAUGCCGGGUAAUGCGGGCCCACCCGGGGCACCGGGGCCGGUUGGUCCGCGUGGGUUGACCGGUCAACGGGGCGAGAAGGGUAAUUCGGGACCGACGGGACCACCGGGAGCGCCGGGACGCGACGGAUUGUCGGGGGCACCGGGGCUGGUCGGGGCGAAGGGUGGCAAGGGUGAUCCGGGCCUGUCGAUGGUGGGGCCCCCCGGCCCGAAGGGUAACUCUGGUCUGCGCGGUCCGAAAGGGGACCGAGGCGGUGCGGGCGACCGGGGCGAGGCGGGAAUGCCCGGUUCGGUCGGGUACCCGGGCGAGAAGGGUGACCAGGGCCUCUCGGGACCGCCCGGCUAUCCGGGCGAGGUCGGUCCGAAGGGUGAGUCGGGUCCGAAGGGCCCCGCGGGCCACCCGGGCGCCCCCGGCAUCCCCGGCAUGGACGGUGUGAAGGGCCUGUCGGGGCUGAAGGGUGACGUGGGGGCACCGGGCGUGAUCGGAUUGCCGGGCCAGAAGGGCGACUCGGGCCAGGCCGGCAACGAUGGGCUGAAGGGCUUCCAGGGACGCAAGGGCAUGAUGGGGGCGCCCGGGUACCCGGGGGCCCGAGGGCCGCAGGGUGCCAAGGGCGAGAUGGGUGAGAAAGGCGACCGGGGCGAGAUCGGACUGAAGGGGCUGCAGGGCGUAUCGGGACCACCCGGUCUUAUGGGCCCGAAGGGCGACAAAGGGCUGGGCGGGCUGCCGGGACCGGCGUGUCUCGCGGGGCAGCAAGGCGACAAGGGCGACAAGGGCUUCUCGGGGCUGCCAGGCAUGCCGGGCGAACCGGGGGCCGCAUCGGAGAAGGGCCAGAAGGGCGAGUUCGGGUCGCCGGGGCUGCGCGGUAACGAUGGCCUUCCCGGCCUGGAGGGUCCGGCCGGGCCGAAGGGCGACCCGGGCGUGUCGGGUUACGGGCGGCCUGGACCGCAGGGCGAGAAGGGUGACCUCGGAAUGCAGGGUAUGGACGGGUUGGCGGGCACGAACGGCGUGAAGGGUGACAUGGGCGUACCCGGGUUCCCGGGCAUCAAGGGCGACAAGGGCACGACGGGACUGCCAGGCAUUCCGGGGGCCCCCUGCAUGGACGGGCUGCCGGGGGCCGAGGGUCCGAUGGGGCCACGCGGCUACGAUGGCGAGAAGGGCUUCAAGGGCGAACCGGGGCGACUGGGAGAGCGGGGUGACCGGGGCGAAAAGGGUGACACAGGACUCAGUGGCCCCGUAGGGCUGAUGGGCCUGAAGGGAGACCGCGGCGUGCCGGGCGAACCGGGACUGUCGGCGACGGCGGAUGCGAUCAAGGGCGACAAGGGCGAGCCUGGCUUCCCGGGGCCGUUCGGGCGCCCGGGCAAGGUCGGUCUCCCGGGGGCACCGGGUGAAGUGGGCGCCAAAGGAGAGACAGGGCUGCAGGGUCUGCCCGGGUUCCCCGGACCCCCCGGCCUGAACGGGCUCGCCGGCCAGAAGGGCGACAUGGGUCCGAUGGGUGACAAGGGCGACACCUGCCCGGUGGUGAAGGGCGAAAAGGGGUUGCCGGGUCGGCCGGGCAAAACAGGACGCGACGGGCCACCCGGAUUGGCAGGUGAAAAGGGCGACAAGGGGUUGGGUGGGCUGCCGGGACCGAUGGGUCCACCCGGUCCACCGGGGCCGCUCGGGCGCCAGGGUGAGAAGGGCGACCGAGGGGAUACGGGGCUGGUAGGGCGCGCCGGUAAGGACGGCUUCCCGGGGCCACCGGGCCAGCGGGGCCUUCCGGGGCCGCAGGGUGAAAAGGGUGACCAAGGGCCACCCGGGUUCCUCGGCCCGAAGGGCGAGCGGGGCGAGCGAGGACGCGACGGCAUCAACGGGCUGAACGGGCCGCAGGGCUCGAAGGGUGACCGUGGGGCGCCCGGCCUCGAGGGGGUGGCCGGACUGGUUGGGAUGGUGGGAGAAAAGGGUGAACGGGGCCUGCGCGGCCUGUCCGGGCUGGACGGUGCUCCGGGCGAGAAGGGUCAAAAGGGCGAAAUGCCCCCGCUGCCCCCGCAGCGGAAGGGUCCGCCCGGCCCACCCGGGUACGAUGGGCCGAAGGGUGACAAGGGCGCCCCGGGACUGGCGGGCCCGCCGGGUAUUCCGGGGGCGCCGGGAGCCCCGGGCGAGAUCGGGCUGCGAGGCUUCGAGGGAGCGCGCGGUCUGCAGGGACUCCGCGGGGACGUGGGGCCCGAGGGUCGAGCCGGGCGCGAUGGAGCACCGGGCUUCCCGGGAUCGAAGGGCGAGGCGGGCCGGGACUGCGACGCGGCCCCCUACUACACCGGCAUCCUGCUUGUGCGCCACAGCCAGUCGGAGGAGAUCCCGCAGUGCGAGGCGGGCCACCUGAAGCUGUGGGACGGGUACUCGCUCCUGUACGUCGACGGCAACGAUUACCCGCACAACCAGGACCUCGGCUCGGCCGGGUCCUGCGUGCGCAAGUUCUCCACCCUGCCGAUCCUCGUGUGCGGCCAGAACAACGUGUGCAACUACGCAUCGCGCAACGACCGCACCUUCUGGCUGUCCACCUCUGCGCCGAUCCCGAUGAUGCCGGUCACGGAGAACGACAUGCGGCCGUACAUCUCCCGCUGCACCGUCUGCGAGGCGCCCACCAACGUGAUCGCCGUCCACAGCCAGGCGCUCCACAUCCCCGACUGCCCCAACGGCUGGGAGGGCCUGUGGAUCGGCUACAGCUUCCUCAUGCACACGGCCGUCGGGCACGGGGGCGGUGGCCAGUCGCUGUCCGGACCCGGCUCCUGCCUGGAGGACUUCCGCGCCACCCCGUUCAUCGAGUGCAACGGGGGCAAGGGCCACUGUCACUACUACGAAACGCAGACCUCCUUCUGGCUGGUGUCGCUCGAGGACCACCAGCAGUUCCAGCGCCCGGAGCAGCAAACCCUGAAGGCCGGAAACCUGCUCUCGCGCGUCUCCCGCUGCCAAGUGUGCAUCCGCCGCUAGUGGGGGCGGGUUGCGGGUUCACGGGGUGAUGGGUUGG